CACGUAACUAGUUGGGACACAAUCUCUGCUUCUUUUCAAAACAUAUCACAUAUUUAUUUAUUCCCGGUCUGGUGGGAUAGAUAGAUUCUCACAAAGGAGCACACAGGAUCGAGGGGAACUUGUAUUGCCCCCACAGGAGAUAAUCUGCGACGAAUCAAAUAAAGUAAGGCCACAGGAUUGACUUUACGCAGAGCCGGGGAUGGAAAGAUGCCAGUCAGAGCUGUUGAGGUUGAUGUCAGAAAUGGUGGCACUAGCAGCUGUGAAUGUUCGUGAGUCAACUGCUGAAGAAUCCAUGAUCAAGGCUCUGCUAUGACCGUCAGCCUAAGUGACUGUUCAUAUGGCAUCCCAUGCAAAGACAAGAGGUGGAUUUCUGAUGGAAUACAUCAGAGCCCCCAGAUCAAAGUACACAAUGGUAGGAGAAGCCAUACGUUAUGUUGUCCCUGGGCAUAUGCAGUGCUCAAUCGGUUGUGGAGGUCAAGCCUGCAAGUAUGACAAUCCAAGUUAUUGGAGUGAUGACCAACAGGCCAUUAGGGGCCUCUACUCAUCCUGGAUUACUGAUCACCUUCUUGCCAUGUCCAGACCUUCAACAGAAAUCAUUGAGAAGUAUAACAUUAUUGAUCAGUUCAGAAGGAAUGGUAUUAAAACAGUGAUCAACUUGCAGAUCCCUGGUGAACAUGCUAGCUGUGGCAAUCCACUGGAGCUACAGAGUGGGUUUUCAUACCUCCCUGAGGUCUUCAUGGAAAAUAACAUUUAUUUCUAUAAUUUUGGUUGGAGUGACUAUGGCGUGGCCAGCCUCAGCACUGUGCUGGACAUGGUGAAGGUCAUGGCCUUUGCGCUGCAAGAGGGAAAAAUAGCGAUCCACUGUCACGCUGGUCUCGGCAGAACAGGUGUUCUGAUAGCAUGUUUUUUGGCCUAUGCUACUAGAAUGACAGCCAACCAGGCUAUUUUAUAUGUACGUGCCAAACGCCCUAAUUCCAUCCAAACCCGAGGUCAGCUGCGUUGUGUCAGACAGUUUGUUCAAUUCCUUAACCCCUUAAGGAGUGUGUUUUCCUGUGCUGAGCCUCGAUCCAAUCCAGUUACUCUGUCCCAGUACCUGAACCGUCAGAGACAUAUGCUGCAUGGCUAUGAGAGGAAGGAGUUGAGGCACCUGCCAAAGAUUGUUAAGUUAGUGUCUAGGCUGCUGCUGGACAUUGCAGAGAAUCGACAGGUGAUUGAGGAAGAUAUUCUGGAGGCCCCUGAUAUCCAUGACAUUGAAAUGUGUCUCAGCAUUAUCGAGAAGAUGGAUAUUGAUAUAAAGGAACCCCGCUUACCAGGUUCACCCACUUUACCAAGACAUUUUAACGAGCCCCCCAUCUUCUACCAUCGUAAAAGUCUGAGCUACAGUGAGUCCGACUUGAGACGGUUGGGGUCAGAGCUGAACCUUCUCACGCAUCCUCUGACCUCCCUGUCACAGAGCAAUAUUGAAAUGUUCAUUUGCCUAUCUGAGUUCCCCGCUUCCCAGUCUCAUGGUUGUAGUAGCAACACAUCCGAUACCUCCCACAACUCAACAGGCUCACUUUGGUGCGUUAAGAAUGAGGAAAACCAAAAAGAUGGAGCCAUUCUGCUGAAGAAAGUGAAGAGGAAAACAAUCCAACGUAGCGAGUCAGUAGGAAACAAUGAACCUACCAAAAAGGGUAGCAUAUUGUCCAGAUGGAAGGCUGAGCAGAGGGAAGAGCUAGGAAUGAAUGGGGUGAAAUCUCAAGGUAAAGAGGAACAAUCAGAGGUGCCAUUUAUCACCCUGCAGUCAGAGUUGUCCCUGGAUUCCAGGAGAUUGCUUGUGGCACAAGCUCUGGCAGUGGACCUUUUUGUCGAUGGGCAUGAGGAACACAACAGAAAAGUUUUGACUUGGCAGGCAGAGCUAAAUCAAGGAGGUGCAUGGGAAAGGCUGUGCAUGGAGCGAGAUCCCUUCAUCCUCACUGGACUCAUGUGGGCGUGGCUAGAGCAGCUUAAAGAGCCAGUCAUCUCUAUUCAGGAUGCCAAAGCCCUGAACCCCGACGAGACGGAUGCUCAAACGAUCCUAAACACACUCGAUCAGGCCCCUAAAGAAACAUUAACAUGCAUAUUGGAUUGCAUGGCUCACAUGCUGAAAAUACCAGAGGAGAUUGAAAAUACAUUCCUGAAUCGUACUAUCAAGGCUUUCACCUGGGUGGAUAUUAAUUCAGAGGACAGCAGCAAAGUGCACGAGUCCAUGAUCAGAGUCUUAAGGUGUAUUCUUGAGGACAUGAGAUCUGCAGUAGAAGCAGAUGAGACGCCCACGUCUCCCUUCCCUGUAACAUAAUAUAU